AUGAACCUGAGGUACAAGAAAGCAACCUUGGACGGUGAUGAUGUUAAAAAGGCGUCAACUCCAUUGAUGCCUUCCUCCGAAUCACUUGGCACGAGAGAAUAUUCAGGCUGUCGGGCAGCCCCAUUGAGCCCGUUUUUGGCACAGCCUGGAACCAUUCAAUUUCGGCAUCAAGCUUGUGGAAUGCAAGGCUUGGGGCAAGAAAACGCGGAGGCUAUUAUAGUUACUGUUAUUGCCUGGCAUCGAUGA